UUUUCUCCUAUGAGAAUACCAUCUCAAAAAGAAGACGAAAGUGUCAACUGUCACUUCAGCAAGUUUGGCAAGCUUGUCAACUUCUUUAUAGUUUAUUUUUCAAAGAAUUAACAUGGGUAAAGUUAAGUGUGCCGAUCUUAGGACUAAAGAUAAAAAAGAGCUAACUAAACAGCUCGAUGAGUUAAAAACAGAACUUACCAGCCUCCGGGUUGCGAAAGUUACCGGUGGAGCUCCAUCAAAACUUUCAAAAAUCCGUGUGGUACGGAAAGCUAUUGCCCGUGUAUACAUUGUUAUGCACCAGAAACAAAAAGAAAACUUGAGGAAGUUGUACAAAAAUAAGAAAUACAAGCCUCUCGACCUUAGACCUAAGAAGACCCGUUCUAUCCGCCGUGCUCUAUCCACACAUGAACAGAGGAUCAAGACACCUAAAGAAAUCCGUAAGCGCUCUGCAUUCCCUGCAAGGAAGUUCGCAUUGAAAGCUUAGGUUGUAUUCUGUUAAAUAAAUACUUUAUUAUA